AUGGCAUUCUCAGGAGCAUUGACCUUGUCCGACUUGAACGACUUUAUUUCGCCAUCCCAGGCAUGCAUCAAACCCAUCGAGGUCUCAAAGACCUCAGAGACCCAGGGUGCGAUCAAGGUCGAUAACAGUGGAUCGUACUAUGAAGUGUCACAGGACGGAUCGGAAACAAAGCUGGAGACGGCCACAAUCAGUUUGAAUGACUGCCUCGCUUGCAGUGGAUGCAUCACCUCAGCCGAGAGUGUCUUGGUCACACUACAAUCUCAAGAAGAGCUGUAUAGUAUCCUCAAGCAGAACAAGAUUGCCAUUGAGACAAACGACCUAAGCACACAUCGCACAGUGGUUGUCUCGAUCUCCCCGCAGACUCGUGCGUCAUUUGCAGCAAAAUACCAACAGACACCAUUGCAGGUCGCCCGCAAGUUGACCUGGUUCUUCAAGUCACUCGGAGUGCAUUCGGUAUUUGAUACAUCCUUUUCUAGAGAUUUGGCACUCUUGGAGACUGGACGUGAGUUUGUGGAGCGGUACAGAAAAGCGAUUGCCAAAGGCGUUCUUAAACCACCCAACAUGAAUGGAACUGCGGCAUCCUCUUCGGAGGCGGCAGCGGCAGCAACAUCAGGCGGUAUGGAGGUCGAUACACCAAAGCCUAGGAAGAGGAUUAUUCGGAGAGGAGCUGCUGCUACCAAUGACGAGCCCGCAGUCACAGUCGAAACCGAGAGCGCCAUGCCCAUGCUCGCUUCCGCAUGUCCAGGCUGGAUUUGCUAUGCGGAAAAGACACACGGAUACAUGCUGCCAUACAUCAGUGAGACCAAGUCUCCUCAGCAGAUCAUGGGCUCUAUGGUCAAGAACCACUUUGGAUCUCAGCUUGGCCUUAACCCGGAUCAGAUUUACCAUGUGUGUGUGAUGCCAUGUUACGACAAGAAGCUGGAGGCGUCGCGGUCAGACUUUUACUCGGACCUGUACCAGACUCGGGAUGUCGACUGCGUCAUCACAUCAACAGAGGUCGAAAAGAUGUUUGGGGAGCAAGGACAGACGGACAUGUCUGUCUUUGGAGAAGUGGAUCUUGACCUGGGCUACAACUCUGUGAUCAAGGACCCCAACACGGGAGCAGACCAGGUUCUUAUCGGAGCUAGUGGAAAUGCCUCGGGUGGAUUCCUGGAGUAUGUAAUGCAGUAUGCCGCACGGGAGAUCUUUGGAAUUGAUGGGGUGGAUGUUGACAAGGCUGUAGGGGUUGAGGUCAAGACGGUCCGGAAUUCGGAUUUCAGGGAGGUGACGUUGGAGGUUCCUGGAAGCGGUGAGGUGCUACUCAAGUUUGCUGCCGCCUACGGGUUCAGGAACAUCCAGAACUUGGUCCGUAAGGUCAAGACAGGCAAAUCGCCCUACCACUUUGUAGAGGUCAUGGCCUGCCCUUCUGGAUGUAUCAACGGAGGAGGCCAGCUUAAACCCCUUGGCGACAAUUUUGUGGCGGUUCCGUUGAAAGGUUGGAUUGCUCAGGUGGAUGGGCAGUACCGCAACGGUGUCUUGGCACGGAAACCAGAAGAGAAUCCUGUCCUUGAGCAAUUAUAUCGCGAGUGGCUUGGUGGUGUUGAUACACUAAAGGCGAGAGAGCAGUUGCGGACGGGCUAUCAUGCUGUUGAACAGAACUUGGUCAACCCUCUGGCUGUCAAGUGGUAG